UCCUGUGCUGCUACUGUCAGUUUUGGCCGCAGUUUUUGGGAACUUCCAGGUGGGCUACCAUUCUGGAAACAUGAAUGCACCUCAACAGGUCUUUGAGAAUUUCUUCAAUACCACAUGGCAAGAAAACUACAAUGUGUCCUUGACCACAUCCCAGAUGACUAUUCUCUGGGCUGUCACAGUCAGCAGCAAAGAUUUCGGGGGCAUUGUGGGGGCCCUGGGGGUUAAGGGAUUAGCCGACACUUUUGGGAGGAGGAACUCGAUCCUGAUUGCUAAUGCCCUAUCUGUGGUCUCUGGAAGUCUAAUGUCCCUCUCUGAGCUUUGUGGCUCUCUAGGUUUGAUCAUCACAGGGCGGCUAAUUUUGGGGUUGUUCUGCGGCCUGUGUAUGAGUUUGAUACCACUCUACAUCCAGGAGAUCUCCCCGACAGCGCUAAGGGGGGCUUUUACCAUCAUGAGCCAUGUCUCCUUCUCUUUUGGAAUACUUGUGGGAAUGGUGAUGAGUCUGGAAGAAGUGCUGGGGAAUGCUAGGUUCUGGCCUCUGAUGCUCUCUCUUUCUGUGAUCCUGGCUGUGCUUCAGUAUCUCACCCUGCCUUUCUGUCCGGAAAGUCCUCGAUACCUCCUGAUUAACUGUGGUAAAGAAAAGGAAGCAGAGGCAGCUCUGCAUAAAUUAUGGGGAAACUCUUGGGAUAUCCUCACUGAAAUCAACGAAAUGAGGGAGGAAGCUUCUCAAACCCAAUCAAAGGUCACAGUGAGAGACUUCCUGUCCCUGAGAAGAUACCUCAGUCCAAUCAGCAUCAUCAUUGCCAUCACCCUUGGCGCCCAGCUGUCCGGGUUCAACGCGCUACUCAAUUAUUCAACAGAUAUUUUCACAAAGGCUGGUUUUUCACAAUCUCAAUUUCUAACUCUCGGGACCGGAGUUAUCAAUGUGUUGUUUACAGUCAUCUCUGUGUUACUGGUGGACAGAGUGGGCCGCAGGAAGUUGUUGCUGACUGGCUUCAUGGUAGGAGCACUGUGUAACAUCCUUCUAACUGUCAGUGAAGCAGCGAUGCACUGUAUCCCAGGGAUGUCCUAUCUUCAAAUCCUGCUGGUGUUCAGCAGCAUCUCGGCCUACGAGCUCGGUCCAGGUCCCAUAUCCUGGUUCAUCGCCGCCGAACUGUUUGACCAAUCAGCUCGGCCUUUCGGCAUGGCAUUCACGUGCAUGUUAAACUGGGGGGGCAAGUUCCUGUGCUCACUGCUUUACCCACCACUGCUGAACCUUAUGGGUGCCUACGUGUACCUCACCUUCACUGCUGUCCUGUGCUGCUCGUUUACCUUCACAUUCUUCCAGCUUCCCGAAACAAAAGGACGCACCUUUGAUGAAAUUGCCACUGAAUUCAAGCAGACAAACAGGGUUGUAUUGUUAAAGGAACUCCAGAAAGAUUUCAGAACCUUCAACAGACAUGAUGACGGCAGUCUCUAUAGAGAAAGUCAACACUAAUACUACCAACAAAACAACCCUAGACCUUACCAACGCAAUCAGGAAUGGACCUCAUCUUCACAGUCGCAAGAACUGAUAGACAGAAAUGUUCUAGUUAAG